AUGGAGUUAUUAAGAUUGUGUACAGUGAGUUUUCUGAUCAGCAUUUGUUACGCUGAAGAAGUAAAUGUUAGCUCAAAUGUUGGGACUAUUAAAGGAGACUCAGAAUCAGUGACCUAUGCUGGGAGAACAUCAGUCAUAUAUAAAUUUCUUGGUAUUCCGUAUGCUGUACCACCUACGGGAGAUUUGAGAUUUUCAAGACCUGUUAAACAACCACGAUUUAACCAACCAUUUUCAGCUUUGCAAUAUGGAUCAUCGUGUACACAAAACUCUCCAGUACAAAACCAAAGUGAAGAUUGUUUGUAUUUAAAUGUAUUUUCACCAAAUGUGGACAUUGUUGCAAGGCUUCCUGUCAUGGUAUUCAUCCAUGGUGGUGGGUUUGUUUUUGGUUCCAGUAAUCAAUAUGGUGGUGGAAGAUUAGCUGCUUAUGGUCAGAUAGUUCUUGUGACAAUCAAUUAUAGGCUGGGUCCAUUAGGAUUUUUAAAUGUUAAUGAUAAGAAUUUAGUACAGCCAAAUAAUGGUUUAAUGGAUCAACACAUGGCUAUUAAGUGGGUACAUGAUAAUAUAGAAAGUUUUGGUGGCGACCGAUCUAAAGUAACCGUAUUUGGAGAGUCGGCUGGAUCAGCCUCUGCAAUAUUUCAAACCUUAUAUCCUCCAAAUGAUGGGUUAUUUCACAGAGUUAUUGCGCAAAGUGGAACUGCGUCUGAUAUAUGGGCAUUAUCCCAGGAUCCGAAAUUAAUGGCUCGAAGGUUAGCAAUUGAAAUAAAAUGUCCUGUAACGUCGAUUCUUGAGAUGGUUCGAUGCUUCAAACAA